CUCUGACGUCAGGGGGAGGGGCCACGUCACCAAGGGGAGGUCACUAGGUUGUGUCUAUGUUCCCUUCGUGCUACCGAGGUCACUAUAGUCUUCCUGCUUGCAUGGGUUUCCUCCCACGACCCAAAAAUAUAUCAUACUGCCGUGCGACUACAAGGGAUAUAGGACUCUUGUUUUCGCGGGCCACUUCCAUGGCGGUCUCGACUAGGAGGGCGUGGUGGAUUCACCAAUGGAAUGCUGAGGCUGACUCCGAGAAGAACUGGAGUAUCUUCCCUAUGAAGGUGAAACCUGGUUUGGGGAUGGCUUUGUUAAGUUGAUCUCGGCAGAUAUCACUGGUAUGAAACAGGAAAAAAGAGUAGAACUCCUUUUGUUGAACCUUUAAUAUAAUUCAGAUGCACAUAGAGACCUGAAGAAGGAAGCUUUCCUGGGAAUACUUGUGACAUCGCUUCACAGAGAAUUUCAGAAUUUGUUUUAUGAAUCGUUGAGUAGAAAUUGCAAGUAUGGACUCCACAUAGAUUUUAGAGAGUGAUUUGACAUUUUAUCAGAAAUUCCUAACCAGUGCGAUGGAAUCAUAUAUUGACAUAGGUAAGACUAUAAAGAAAGAAAAAAGUGUUCACAGUAAGAACAGUAACACGUUUGGCCAAAAGGAGGAUGACACAGAUUAUCCUGAACCGGAGACUUGGAGUGAAGAAGAGGAGGCUCAAGGUGAAAAUGGAGAGAAGGUGGUUCAAGGUGAGAAUGGAGAGAACCGCUAUGCUUGCUCAUUGCGUGAGAAGACCUUCAGGUUUAUUGCGCAUUUGAGGAAACCCAAAAUCAAACAUUCCCAAAAGAAAGAAUACAAAUGUGGUGAGUGUAAUAAAGAAUUCCGUGGCAAACAGGACCUUGUCGUACACCACAGAAUGCACACUGGGGAGAAACCUUUUAAGUGUUCGGAGUGCCCAAAAGUUUUUACGACCUUGUCGCACCUUACGAGCCACCACAGAACUCACACGGGGGUGAAGCCCUACAUUUGCCCCGAGUGUAACUCAAGUUUUUCGUUCUCAUCGUGCUUGAAGAGGCAUCUACAGAUUCACAUCGGUGAUAAGCCACACAAGUGCCCAGAGUGUCCGAAAAGCUUCGGCCAGAAAUCACACCUCAACAGGCACUUGAGAAUCCACACCGGAGAAAAGCCCUAUGAAUGUGAGAAAUGCGGGAAAAGAUUUAACAGGAAGUUUAUCCUGGAUACGCACUACAAAGUUCAUAGGAGGGAAAAGCUUCAAGCCAAACAGGAAUGUUCCGACACGACGGAUGACUCCGACGACUGGUGAGGUGGAAAGUGCUGCCAAUCCAUGCCUUGAACGUCUGCCGAUCUGCUGAAUAUUUUUUUUUAAAUAGUUUUUAAUCAAAGAAAUAAUUGUCAUCAAUCGCAACUGUAAAAAAAAAAUAUGAAGAGAAGUCAGAUGUAAAGAAACAAAUUAUUUAUACUUUUAAUGUAACCCACUCAAGUACAAACCAUAAGAUGCGUGACUUGCAUGUAUUCCGCACAUUUUUUAAAUCCUAUUUAAGCGUCCGGGUGAAUAAUGACGUAUCGCUGUGAUUGAAGAGUUCUUUAGGAUGAUACAAUGCAUAUAUAGGCUUUUUAUAUAUCUGCGUGAAGAGGUUGGCAAAUCAGUAACUCCUUUGAGCAACUUACCUUUGGUAUGCAGAGAGAUUACAACAGUAUCUGGGUGGGAUCCGGUCAAGUUUUACCGUCAGGGGAAAUACCGACGCCGGAAUCCCGACAAGGAGCACCAUCCCGGCACUGCGGGGCGGGGGUUAGGUUUAAGCAGCGGGAAGGGGGGUUUAGGAUAAGGUACCACUGGAGAGGGUAAGGGUUGAGGUGUGUGUGUGUUGGAGGGAGGGGGGUGUUAGUGAGGCAUUAGGGUAAGGCAACUAUACUUACCUUGCCCAUGUUGGACUUCUAAACAUUGGGAUGUGGCGGCCGGUCUUUAACCGUUGGCAUUUCCUAUCCAACGCAUCUGGGGCACCUCUGUGAUGUGUGGGUAAGUGCAUACUGCUAACGCGUUUCACCGCCGCAUACAGCUAUUAGCUCAGAGGCACAACAGUAACAGAUUAGCAGCGUCAGAUCUCUAGUAUUCACCUCCUGUGUUCCCAAAAUGGCAUUAUUUGAAACGCAAAUAGAUUUAUAUAAAUCAGAUUUAUUUGACAAUUUAUUUUUUAAUUCCAUAUAAAAUAUAUCUACUCACUAAUAAAAGACAUUAGGAACAAAUUA